AACUUCUCUCUCUCUCCCUCAGAUCACAAGAUCACCCAGCCCAACAAACAUACGCUAUUGGAAGUACUGCUACAUCAAUAUCAAGCAGCAGUACCUCAACAUCAGCUUCAACAAAUAGUAACUCUUUUGGCUUGGGUGGUCUUGGAAGUUUGGCAGGUCUGAGUAGCCUGGGCUUAAAUGCAUCGAACUUUUCAGAGCUGCAAAGUCAGAUGCAACGACAACUGAUGUCCAGCCCAGAAAUGAUGGUUCAGAUAAUGGAAAACCCAUUUGUUCAGAGUAUGCUUUCAAGUCCUGACCUGAUGAGACAGUUAAUUAUGGCUAACCCUCAAAUGCAGCAACUGAUACAGAGAAAUCCAGAAAUCAGUCACAUGCUAAAUAAUCCAGAUAUAAUGAGACAGACACUAGAACUUGCUAGAAACCCUGCAGUGAUGCAGGAAAUGAUGCGAAAUCAAGACCGAGCCUUGAGCAACCUUGAAAGUAUACCAGGUGGCUACAAUGCCUUGCGACGUAUGUACACGGAUAUUCAGGAGCCAAUGCUGAAUGCGGCACAUGAACAGUUUGGAGGUAACCCAUUUGCUUCCUUAGUAAGCAAUGUAUCAUCCGGAGGGGACAGUCAGCCAUCUCGUACAGAAAAUAGAGAUCCUUUACCAAAUCCCUGGGCUCCUCAGUCCAGCUCUCAGAGUUCCACAACUGCCAGCACCAGUGGUGAGAGUAGUGGCGGUAGUAACGUUGGAAACAGCACCUCUACCAGUAUGAGACAGAGCUCAACCAUACCAAAUUUGGGACCUGGACUAGGAGUUGGUAUGUUCAACACAUCAGGAAUGCAGAGUUUGUUACAGCAGAUAACAGAAAAUCCCCAACUUAUGCAAAAUAUGUUGUCUGCACCCUAUAUGAGAAGCAUGAUGCAGUCAUUAAGCCAGAAUCCUGAUCUUGCAGUACAGAUGAUGAUGAAUAAUCCUUUAUUUGCUGGAAAUCCUCAACUUCAGGAACAAAUGAGACAACAACUUCCUACUUACCUUCAACAAGUAAGAUGAAAUACUACCUGUUGUUAAUACAUGUCUGCAAUUCACAAGCAAUUUUUGCAGUAAACUGGUGCCUUUCCUUGAUUUCACUCAAAGCUAGAUUGUGGCAUAUGGUUCUCAUUAGUUUUAGACACUAAGUUGCAUUGUCCCCUGACAAUUAAAUGCUUGAUUUAUUUCUUCAUCCCUUUCAAGUUAAGCCUGAUUUUUUUAGCAGAUGAUUUUCUGUGACUAGCACAACUACUUUGAUCUGCUCUUGUGCCUUUGCUUAAAAAGAAGACUUGUUCUUACUGCACACCAGCUAGAGAACACUUCUGUUUGCUACAUAAUUUGUUUUGCUACUAACCUAAGUCUUACCUGCGCUUUUCUCAUGUCUCCUCCAUCCUGACCUACAAAUUUUGGGGUAAAAAAGACCUUAUGGCAUGCCUUGAAAGAGACAAAUUGUGAGUUAAUUCAAAAGAAGCGGAGUGUGUUCUGAAGAUAUUUGCCUGUAAAGGUUGUCCUACCACCAGCUUCCCCUCUUACACCAUUGUGGUUGCAGCCCCAGUAUCUGCUUGACUUUAGUUGUCACAGUGUAUAUGAGGGCUGUGUCCUCUAAAUAAGACUUAAAAAAAGUUUUAGGAAUUGAAAAUAUAACUCAGUGCAUGAGUUCCAUCAUUAGGCAGUCCUUGCGAAUCGAAGUAAAUGUGUGUUGACAGGAUCUUAUUGCAGGUAGGCAGUGUUAUGAGUAAAAUAAAUAAUAACAUGAAUUACAGUAGCAAGUUCAGUGUUAAGAAGAAACUGUUUACAUUGCUUUAAUGACAUGAAUGGCUGUAGCAUUUCAUAGUGCCACUGCUUUAUGAUGACUCAGUAGUACCUGAAGAGCUAAUAUCACAUUUAUAUUUUGAAAUAUGUGAAUAAAUGCUGAUUAAUAUAUCGUGAA